CUCGGUCUUGCGGAGAGAGUUUGACCCCCCCUCCUCUUUCCCCUCUGGGUUAAGCGGGGAUCUGUUACAUAAAUCCCCGCCAAACCGCGGAAAAUGCGGGCUCGUCUUCUUGCUUUUCUGAUUCUCCGCAAAAAUUGACACUGCUCUCGACAAUGUGAUUGCGACUCACCAUGCCGGGCUUGCAGAGUUUCGUUUCGCCUGCGCGUUUGGUGGAGCAGUAUCGCCAUGCAAAGAGGACCGUUCAGCGCCCCGAGGACCCCGCUGCUCUAAUCUUAGAAGCAUGGUCGCAGGGCCUGAUGACUGGCUCACUCGUCAUCAUGGCUGCAGUGACCUUUGCAAACAUGCGUCCCGGUGUCCUGCUGCAUAAACUGAUUUUACUCGAGUUGAUCCUAGCCUUAGCCCACGGAACAUUUAUAUUUACUCCAGACCCCGUAUACGGAUGGUACCUGGCCUCGAGCGCGAUCGGACUGAUCAUCUCGUGGUCGCUGCACAAUGUCAUUGCGUGGAUGAAGAAUCGGCCCUUCAUGGGUCGCAAGCUUUCUCUCUUCUAUAUCGGCACAAUUAUCCUGGCACAGCCGUACUGGGCGACCGAGAUCUAUGCCAACUUUGCCUACUUUAACAACAUCAAUCCCACCGUCUACCAGAAGAUUCGCCCGUGGGAAGCAUUAUUCCGCGAUCCGUGGUGGAUCUAUACAACAUGCAAUCUCUUCUGGGUCGUCAAGACCCACUACAACUUUGGCCUCAUCGAGCUGGUGCGCGAGUGUCCCCGCUUCGGGCUCAUGCUCGGCUCAAUGUGUCUGUCCAUCGUAUUCAUCGCUCUCGAUGUGAUUAGUGUGACGGGGGCGCUCAGAGAGGCCAUGCCACUGGGUAUCAAUCCCUUUUGGAAGCUUUGCUUCAUGUUCAAGUGCCUCUGCGACACGAUUAUCCUAGACGACUUCAAGACUGCGCUUGACAAGCUCAGUGUCAGGUGGCUGGCGAGAAAUGGGAUGAACACUGUACAUACACUAGCCUUGAGAGAUCACCCGACAUUCAACGAGGAGCAUGGAAUCCAGUUGGACGGAGGGGAUGAUUAUCCAAAGCCUCAAAUCAGCGCGGUACAUAUUCCGUGACGAGAGUGCGCUAUUUCCACGCGGAUAGUCCCGUUUGCUUAGUAGAUAAUCACGACAUCCUGUAUAUAGAAAUAAAGGGUCAUACCGUGUUCGCAGGCGUAAUCUGCGAGGAGAGACAUUUUUUCAAUCCAUUCAACAGACACCCGGGGCCCCGGUGGAGGGAAAUUCUCGCCCUCGGGCCCGAUCCCGCAAAGUCAGAGACGCUGAC